AUCACUAUUGAUUCCAAUCAGCGAUCCCAUUUCCCCCAAUUUCAAGCUAAAACUUUGAUUUCUAGGGUUUCUCAUCGCUCUUAAUCGUCCCUGCUGCUCUUGAUCCUGAAGUUCCACCUCUUCUGAAACCCUAAUCCUUGGUUUUGGCCGUAGAUUUGUUGGGAAAUGGGGGUGGAGAACUACCAUGUGAUAGAGCUCGUCGGGGAGGGGUCCUUUGGGAAGGUUUACAAGGGCCGGCGCAAGUUCACUGGGCAGACGGUGGCCAUGAAAUUUAUUCUGAAGCAUGGAAAGAGCGAAAAGGAUAUCCAUAAUUUGAGGCAGGAAAUUGAGAUUUUAAGGAAGCUGAAGCAUGAAAAUAUAAUUGAAAUGCUUGAUGCCUUUGAAAAUCCUCAGGAAUUCUGUGUUGUUACUGAAUUUGCACAGGGAGAGCUAUUUGAGGUUCUUGAAGAUGACAAGUGUCUCCCAGAAGAUCAGGUGCAGGCAAUAGCGAAGCAGCUGGUCAGAGCCUUGUACUAUUUACACUCAAACCGCAUUAUUCAUCGUGAUAUGAAGCCACAAAAUAUCCUUAUUGGAGCAGGAUCUGUUGUUAAGCUUUGUGAUUUUGGAUUUGCACGAGCAAUGUCAGCAAACACUGUUGUUUUGCGUUCCAUUAAAGGUACACCCUUAUACAUGGCUCCAGAACUUGUCCGAGAACAGCCAUACAAUCACACAGCAGAUCUGUGGUCUCUUGGAGUUAUUUUGUAUGAACUAUUUGUUGGUCAGCCGCCAUUUUACACAAAUUCGGUGUAUGCACUCAUCAGACACAUAGUGAAGGAUCCAGUAAAAUAUCCUGACAAUAUGAGCCCAAAUUUCAGAAGCUUCUUGAAGGGAUUGCUUAACAAGGUACCUCAAAGUAGGCUGAGUUGGCCUGCAUUACUUGAACACCCAUUUGUGAAAGAAAACUCAGAUGAUGUGGAGGCUAGGGAGACACGUGCUGCUGUCGCUGCAGCCAGGGGCUGUGAUGCUGCCUGGAGAGGAGAAGGUAAUAAUGUAGCAUCCUCGAAAAUUGAAGCCUCAGGUAAAAGAAGUCCUGAGACUUCUUCAGAGAUCUGCAAAGCUCCAAGCAUUGUGAAUGAUGAUAGGGCUGGUUCACCUUCCCCGAUUCCAGAAAAUCAACAGGAACAGGCUUCCAAUGCUUGCAUUUUGUCAUCGGGACACCAAGUUUUGGAUAAACUAGAGAAAAACUCUCGUACAGUCAAAGGCGCAAACAUUAUUGCUCAAGAUUAUGAAGCAUUAUCUGCUAUUCUGCUUCCUCUGAAAACUUGGUCCAAUGGAUCUCCAAGUUCUUUGAGGGAUCUAAACACUGAGUGUGCAAACCAGUCUUUCAGAAUUGUCACAAAUAUGAUUACUGCUGGAGCACAUCAAUCUUGUGCGGCAUUAGAUGACAUGAUAUGUGUGCUUCUUGAAUUUGCUGCUGCUAUUGUCAAGCUAAAUCUCUCUGAAGCUGAUGGCCUAGCAGUCAAGAGCCUUUCCACUCUAAAGAAACUAUUGGACAAUAGUGGAAGUGGGAUUGGAAAUUCUUAUGCCAGGCACUGGUCUGCUCUUAAAGACCUUUAUUCUCAGAUCCUGACUACAAAUUCCGAUGCAUCUGGAAGAGUUAUUUAUGAAUCUACAGCAUGUGUGGCUGUCAUGUUGUCUCGAGUUGCUUUAGGGCUCAAAACAUCUGUAGCUGCUGAUGUUUCUGAGAUGGUUUCUCAAAAACCAUCACCAGAACAAAUUCUCAUCCAGAUAGUCAAUCAUGCUAAAGAAUCCGGCAUUAUGGAUCUGUUGUGUGAGUGUCUAGCAGCUUCAGGAUCAAGUCUCAUGUCAGGAACCUUAAAUAUGGUACCAGCAACUUGUGAAGCUUGCAAAUCUAUAUGGGCUUUGAUUGAUGCAGUGGAGUUAAUCUCAAUGAAAGGGCAAACUCAUUUGUUGCCACUGAAUCAUUCACGACACCAUUCUUCUAUUCAGGCUGAUGCCAGGAUUCAUGACGAGAACUUAGUGCUUGAGUCUGUCAAAUUAGUUGAGAUGUUUGUGAAAUCUUUUCUUGAAUCAAGACAUGUGCAAACUGCAUUCUAUUACUGCAUUCACAAUGGCCUAGAAUCUGCGCUCAAUGCUGGUUUUCAGAUAAUUUCACGGAUUUGCAUAUCAAAUCAUCUUGUCUGCAAAGCAUUGUGCACCUCACUGAGUUCUUCAACUACAUCGGAUGAACUAGAUUCGGGUGGCGAUGGUACUAUCAUUUCUGACAUAUUUUCCUUGUUGUCCCUGUGUGCCUCAUAUAUAAACAAAGAGUCUGGAGAAAUACAGAAUCAAAAAUGUAAACUGUCUAACCCUCAUAGAUUGGUUUUACAUAGUUGCCUUGCCUUGGCAACAGUUGCCAAUUGUUUGAGAUCAGAAGAAAAAAUUUCUGCGUCAUCAAUUCUCACAUCCUCUCAGAAGAAACAGCGAGGACGACUCUCAGUGCUUGCGCAUCUUUGUUCUUCUGAUGACAGGGUAGUGAAUUACAAUCAACCACAUUGCCUAUCAGCAAUGUUAGCUUUAUCAUCAAUUCUGUCCCUUGAAAGUGGUUCUACCACUAGUUCCUCUAUCUGCGAGUCUGCGCUUGUAUUACUGCCUCCUAUGGCCACACUUCGUAAUCAAUUGAAAGUUCUGCUCUCUGAUGAAAAUGAAGCAUUAAGUAAGUACAAACUCUUGAAUUGGUAUGGAGUUAGGGAUGGCUGUGUUGGAUUGCUAAAAGCUAGACUGAAUUGGGGAGGGCCUCUAGCCAUUGAGCAAGCUUGCUCAAAUGGAAUUCCACAACUAUUGACUUGUUUGUUGGCUGAUGGACUUAAGAAGGAUCCUGAAGGAAAAGAAAUCUCAAAGGUUAGAGCUGGAUUGUCACCCAUUGGAGUUGUGUGGACACUUUCUGCAAUGUGUUAUUGCCUACCUGGUGGUGUUUUCCGUGAUGUAUUGUUUAGGAGAGAUCACUUGAAACUCAUAACUGACUUGAUAACUGAAUUGCACCUCAAAAUAUUAAAAGGCUGGAGAGGACUUGGUGGUGGAACAAAUGGAAUUAGAGAUCUAAUAAAUGCUCUUGUUGAUCUUUUAGCAUUUCCUUUUGUUGCUGUACAGAGCUCCCCCAGCAUGCCAUCAACAUCUGCAUCCAUCAAUAGUGGCUUUGUUUUGAAUGCUGCAUCACCUGGUGGAAAAAUAGGCCUGGAAAACAAAGAAAUGAUCAAAGCAAUUGAGGCAAAUCUGCCGCAUUAUAUACAAGUUCUCUUGGAGGUUGGUUUUCCUGGGCGUAUACUCAGAUGCUUGGAUUUUAUUGAGUGUAAAGAUUUAGGAAGACCAAUAGCUAUUAUUGCCAAAAUGGUGGGCUACCGACCCUUGGCUUUGCAGCUGCUUAGAGAAGGUUUAUUGAAUCCAUCCAUAGUCCAAAGGGUGCUUGGUGGCUCUAGCCCAAGAGAAGCUGUGGUAGACUUUCUAAUGAUAGUUUCUGAUCUUGCUCGAAUGUCAAAGGAUUUUUAUGAAUCGAUCGACAAGGCGGGUAUGUUGGUUUUUUUGAAAGAAUAUCUGAAUCAUGAAGAUGCUGAUCUUCGUGCAAAAGCAUGCAGUGCCAUUGGAAAUAUGUGCCGACAUGGGCCCUACUUUUAUGGUCCACUUGCAAUAAAUAAGAUCAUUGAUCUCCUCAUUGAUAGAUGUUCUGACAGUGACAAACGGACCAGGAAGUUUGCAUGCUUUGCUGUUGGGAAUGCUGCUUAUCACAAUGACAUCUUGUAUGAAAAUCUCAGAAGAUGCAUACCUCAACUAACAAAGUUGUUACUCUCAGUGGAGGAGGAUAAAACAAAAGCCAAUGCUGCAGGUGCUCUAAGUAAUCUUGUGCGCAACUCUAACUCACUUUGUGAAGACAUCAUUUCACAAGGUGCUUUGCAGGCCUUAUUGAAGCUCGCAAGUGACUAUUCUGUUGUAGCUCUAAACCCGAGUAGAGGUGAUGCAAUGAAUGAAUCACCGCUUAAGAUUGUGCUCUUUGCUUUGCGGAAAAUGUGUGAUCAUACUCCCUGUAGACAGUUCAUCAGUUCUUCAGAAUUUCUUCCUCUCUUUACUCAGCUAAAGAGGUCUCCUAACACAAUCAUUGCUGAGUAUGCCUCGGUCAUUAUAAGCAAAGCCGGUCAAACCAAAUGAUUUUAAGUUUGUGUCAUUCCAUUGGUCUUUGCUUGUUCCUUACAUUUUCAUGUAUAUGUAUGCCUAUGUAUUUAGUCAAGACUAGUUUGUCCAUCCUUCUAUAUGAUGAUGAUUAAGGGUUCUCUACACUGAUGGAUCACAUUUUUGGCAAAGGCUACUUGAUUAUACUGCUAAUAAUUACCGUGAACGCUAGGUUCAGUUUCCACAUUUGCAUUUUCAAAUAAGUGACAACACUGGAUCUGUGAUACUUAUGGCUGCUGAUGGAGUUCACACCAUGCUUUCAGAUUUUCUCUCAGCCUGGGGCCCUCAGAGAUUAAAGAGUUGUUGGUAAAACACCCACUGGGAGUGAGGGCUAUCACUACCUUGUCCUGGGAAACUGAUGGAUCAAAGACCAAAAAAGAAAAGGUGAACUUAUGGUUAGGUAUCAUGUUAAUUCUUUCAUAUUAUUGUCCUGUUAGAUAAAGACACUUGCAUUCUUUUUUAAUUCAUCUAUACUGAAUGUACAAAGCACCACUCUUUAAGGGAUCUAUAUUGGUGAAAUGGUUUUACUUCUUGCUGCUU